UUUGGCGGAGUGCUUUUUCAGUUUGCGAACAAUGUUGGUUCUUAUCGGUUUGAUUGUCGGUGUGCUCACCCUCGCCACAUGGUGGGUCCACCAGAACUUUACGUAUUGGAAGCGUCGCGGCAUUCCCCACGAUCCGCCCCAGCUGAUCUUGGGAAACACCAAGGAGUUGAUGAAAACCCUUCACUUGGCUGAACUUAUCAAACAGACCUACGUGAAAUACAAGAACAAGACCAAUGGACCAUUUGUGGGAUUCUAUGUUUAUAUCAAGAAGUUUGUGAUAAUCACCGAUAUCGAUUUUGUGAAGACCGUCUUGAUACGGGAGUUUGACAAAUUCCACGAUCGAGGUGUGUUCCACAACGAAAAAGAUGAUCCGUUGACCGCCAAUUUGACGACCAUCGAGGGUCAAAAGUGGAGAACUUUGCGACAGAAACUCACUCCUACCUUUACGUCUGGAAAAAUGAAGAAUAUGUUCCCGCUGGUGCAGGAUGUGGGCGAUGAGCUGGUUCGGGUGUUUUCCGAAAAAAUCGAGUCCACACCAACCACGCUGGAGAUCACGGAUUUGUUGGCUCGUUUCACGGCCGAUGUGAUUGGAGUUUGUGCUUUCGGCCUGGACUGCAACAGCCUUCGCGAUCCCAAGGCGGAGUUCGUUCGAAUGGGUAAUUCGGCGAUCACUGAGCGUCGACAUGGCAAGCUGGUCCACAUGCUCCUCUUCGGAGCUCCGAAGCUAAGCGCCAAGCUGGGCAUUAAGAGUCUCCUCCAGCCCGUCGAGGACUUCUACAUGAACAUCAUUAGGGACACCAUCGACUAUCGGGUGAAGAACAAUGUGAAGCGAAACGACUUCAUGGACAUGCUGAUCGAAAUGAAGCUUAAAUACGAUAAUGGAAACAAGGAAGAGGGAAUCACCUUCAAUGAGCUUGCUGCCCAGGCCUUUAUAUUCUUCCUGGCUGGCUUUGAGACGAGCUCUACGACGAUGGGAUUCGCUCUCUAUGAACUGGCUUGCAACCCGGAAAUCCAAGACAAAGCUAGGAAGGAAGUGGACUGUGUUCUGGCCAAACAUAAUGGCAAACUCGACUACGACAGUAUGAAGGAGAUGACCUUCCUGGAAAAAGUAAUUGAUGAAACCCUAAGGAAGCACCCAGUGGUUGCACACUUGGUUCGAACCACAACGAAAACCUAUGUACCCAGCAAUCCCAAAUACACCAUUGAAGAGGGAACUGGAGUCUUGAUUUCAACCUUGGGUAUCCACCAUGAUCCGGAAUUUUAUCCAGAGCCGGAAAAGUUCAUUCCGGAACGCUUCGACGAGGAGCAGAUCCAACAGCGUCCUGCUUGCACCUACCUGCCAUUUGGAGACGGACCUCGGAACUGUAUUGGCCUUCGAUUUGGACGGAUGCAGGUUAUUGUUGGAAUGGCGCUACUCCUCCAUAACUUUAGGUUCGAGUUGCACCCCACAAAGACCACAAUCCCAUUAAAAUUCAAACUAAAUAGCAUUCUUCUAAGUGCCGAGGGUGGAAUUCACCUGAAUGUCACCAAGCUAGUCACCUAAAAAGAUUAGAAACGACUUAAUUGAUAAUUGUUCCAACAAUGAGUCACUGGGACAUACAAUGCUUCGUUAAAUAAAUCAAUAAAGUUGCCAAAAUCAAAGAAUGUAAUCGCAA